UCUUACAGUUCUGCUGAGGUGUAAUAGUGCAGAGAGGGAAGAGGAAGCGAAGGGGAGUCAUGUCGAAGCGGCCGGCGACAGAUGAGAUCCCCCGUCCUGACUCCGGCAAGCGGCACUAUGGAGACACCCCCGCUUCCGUCGUCGGGGACCAAAACCGUGGGUCUCCGCCCCCGCCGCGGUCGUCCUUUCCGUCCUACCUCGACGCCGGCCCCGAGUUAUCCCCCAAGGCCCGGCUUCUGUGCGAGAUUCUCGCCUCCAACCCGCCCACGGAGGUGGAGCGAGCCCUCGACGCUGUCGGCGUCCGUGUCUCCACCGAGGACGUGGAGGCCGUGCUUAAGUUCUCCUACUCCCAACCGGGCGCCGCUGUGGCUUUCUUCCGGUGGGCGGGAUCCCGCCACCUCGCCGAUCGCCACUCCCCCUACGCGUGGAACCUCGUGGUCGACCUUCUAGGGAAGAACCUACACUUCGAGGCCAUGUGGAACGCCGUCCGCUCGAUGCGCUCCGAAGGCCUUCUCUCCCUCGCCACCUUCGCCUCCAUCUUCUCCUCCUUCUGCGCCACCGGCCGCCCCGAUGACGCCCUCGCCGCGUUCGACACCAUGAACCUCCACGGUGUCCCCCGAGAAACCGCCGCCCUGAACUCUCUUCUCUCUGCUGUCUGUCGCGAGGGCCGCGUCGCCACCGCGCGCCUCUUCUGCGACGGCGCCCGCUCGUCCGUAGCUCCUGACGCUGACUCUUUUGCCAUCCUUCUUGAGGGCUGUGAGAACGAUGUUGACCACCGGUCUGCCCGUGAGGUGUUCGACGAUAUGAUCGCUACUGUCGGCUGGGACCCGGCCAACGUCCAGGCCUAUGACUCCUUCCUCACCAUCCUCGUCCGGUCGGGCUCCUAUGGCUUUGCUGAGGCCCUUAGGUUCUUUGAGAAGAUGAAGCAAAAGAGGUGCUUUCCAGGAAUGAAGUUCUUUCGGGAUGCCAUCGAGGUGCUCGUUAAGAAGAAGGAUGCCCACGAGGCAAUGAACAUCUGGGAGGAGCUCAUGGGACGCAAUGGGUGUUUCGCGGACACACCCAUGUACAAUUCAAUGAUAGCCUUGCAGUGUGAUCUCAAUCAGAUCGAUGUGGCUCUUCGGUUCUUUGACGAGAUGAUCAUCUAUGGAGCAUUUCCUGACUUACAGACGUACAAUGUCUUGAUUCAGUUCUUGCUUAAGGGAAAGAAACUAAGGGAGGCUGCUUCUCUAUUCAAUGAGAUGGUUAAGAACGAGUGCUGUCCAACAGCAGCUAACUGUGCUUCCUUGAUGAAGACUUUGAUGGAUUCAGCAGAUUUUGACAUGGCCUUAAAGGUAUGGAAGUGUAUGACUGAUAAUGGCUUGCCUCCAUUGGAGGAGGCCGGAAACAUGUUGGUUUUGGCAUUACGUGAUGUGGACAUGCUUCCUGAAGCUUGUAAAUAUGCAGAGGAUAUGAUAGACAGAGGCAUUAAGUUGAAUUCAUCUACUCUGUCUAAGCUGAGGCAGAGCUUACUAAAAAUUGGUAAGGGUAGCAUCCACGAUCAUCUCCUCAGAAAAUGGAAAUCUCGUUAGACAGUGUGUUUUGAAUUUUUAGAUGAUCAUAAUACAUUAUGGUGUUACUUGUGAUCCUAGCACAUAAUUAUCUUUCUAAUUCUACUUGAGUUUGUUAUUGGCAUA